ACCUCGCGCUUCAUCCCUCAGUCUCCCCCUCUCUCUCUGUUUCUCACUCUCUAUAUCACUUCGUCUCUCACACUUACCUGUUCAAGCCAAUGGCCCCCAAGAAGCCUGAGCCCAAGAAGGAGGCAGCCAAGCCUGCCCCCCCUCCCGUGGAGCCGGAGAAGCCCAAGGAGCCAGAGUUUGACCCCAAGAGCGUCGCCAUUGAAUUUAAUGCCGAUCAGAUUGAUGAGUUUAAGGAGGCCUUCAUGCUGUUUGACCGAACCACUAGCGGCGAUAUGAAGAUAUCGUAUGCUCAGUGCGGUGAUGUCAUGAGGGCACUGGGUCAGAAUCCCACCAAUGCAGAGGUCAUGAAAGUACUGGGCAAACCCAAACCUGAAGAGAUGAACAGCACUCUGAUCGACUUUGAGACCUUCCUGCCCAUGUUUCAGCACAUCUCCAAGUCAAAGGACAGGGGCACAUUUGAAGACUUUGUGGAGGGGCUGCGUGUUUUUGACAAGGAGGGCAAUGGCACGGUCAUGGGAGCAGAGCUUCGCCAUGUGCUUGCCACACUGGGUGAGAAGAUGACAGAGGGAGAGGUGGAGCAGCUGAUGUCAGGACAGGAAGAUGGCAAUGGCUGCAUUAACUAUGAAGCAUUCGUUAAACACAUCCUGGCUGGCUGAAUGAAUGCCACAAUCAUGCUGGUCUCAUAAGGUAGAGCAUAUGCGAUCAAAGCCCUCCUGGAUAGAGAACUCCCAUCAUCUUUGUGGUCUAUUUCCUGUCUUUUCGUGUCCUUUUUCUGUAAAAAAAAACCCUACCUGUUCUUUCACAAAGCCUUUCCUUUUUUAUUUAUUUUCUCUUUUUGUUUUUGCUUUGGUGCUUUAAAUAAAAUGUCAGCCUAAAACUAAA